AUUGGCUUUCUUUCCAAGAUGGCGGCCAAAAAGUGUCUGAGCAACGCAGGGGUAAUGUGUACUACGGUGGCCACUUUGUUUACCCUUCUUUCGUUAGUCCACCAAUCCUUUUGCAAAUCAAGUAGCUCUAAAUCAAUAAUAGCCUCUCUAGAUGCAAGAUGGGGAUCGACACCUCUUCUGCUUGAAGCAAGUGAAUAUUUAGCAGCAGAGAGUAAUGAAAAAUUUUGGAAGUUUGUGGAUUCAUGUCAAGAUAAAUCAUUCAGUCAUGAUUUAGAUGAAUAUAAACAUGUUUUAAAAACUGCAGGCCAGUUGCUAGCUCCGAUAGGUUUAAAUUUCUUGCAAUUCUCAUUGUCACUGAGGUAUUAUUCCCCCAGGGUGGAACUGUUCAAUAAGGUUGCCCAUGAUCUCCCAGCACCAGACUGUGAGGCUUUUGUUCAGCUUGGCAGUAGCACAAUAUGUGACAUUACAGAAGCUGUUUCUCUCAUCAAACAAGCAGAAAACAUACCCUUGGUGCAGGGUUUUGAAUUUGAUCACCACUAUCCUAAAUCUGAAAACAACUCCAUAGCUGUUGUGUUAUAUGGAAAGAUAGGAUCAGGAUCCUUUUGGAGAUUUCAUCAGCAACUUGUAAAUUUAGCAGAAAAUGGUCUGGUGCACUAUGUACUUCGACAUUAUAUUGAGUCAUCAUCAGAGAGAAAAAUGAGAUUAUCAGGAUAUGGUGUGGAACUGGCUGUCAAGAAAACAGAGUACAAAGCCAUGGAUGACAGUAAAGUGAAAGAUGAUGCAGAAGGAAAAGUACAGAAACAAGAGGAAGAAGAUGAUGAUGAAGUUGAAGGAUUCCUCUUUGGAAAGUUAAGGAAACUCUAUCCAGACCUAAAAGAAAAUCUUGAACAGUUCAGGGCACACUUAAAGGAAAGUGCACAUGAGAUGGCUCCUUUGAAAGUCUGGCAAUUGCAAGAUCUGAGUUUCCAGGCAGCACAACGGGUCAUGUCCUCUGAACCACAAAGAGCUUUGAAAGUGCUGAGAGACAUCAGUCAAAAUCUUCCCAUGCAAACCAGAUCGUUAGUGAAGACAAAGGUUAAAGAAGAAAUGAGGAAAGAGAUCAAACUUAAUCAAAAGCAUUUUUCACAAUUUGGACUGGAUCCUGGAGACAGUGCUUUGUUGAUAAAUGGCCUUCUGGUCCAAGUGGACGAUCUUGAUCCUUUUCAUUUGUUAGAUUUGUUACGUGGUGAAGCACUAGCGAUUGACAGACUCUCUUCCCUGGGCAUCAAGGGUGAACCUCUCGGUAAACUUGUGUCUCUUGCCUCUCAACCAGAGCAUGAAUCAUUUGUUUUGGAUGCAAGACACGACUCCAUUGUGUUUAUAAACGACCUUGAAAAAGAUCGGCAGUAUUGGGGUUGGCCUUCUGAACUGCAGGAGAUACUACGACCAACCUUCCCUGGGAUGAUGCGCUAUAUUGCCAAGAACAUAUUCAAUUUGGUUCUGUUUGUCAACCCUUUAGAUGCCCAGAGUAUCGAACUGAUCAAGGUUGUCAAUGAAUUGCUUCAAAAUUCGUUUCCAGUCAGAAUUGGUUUGUCACUGGUUGCCGAUGUUCCCCUGGAUGCCGAAGUCGACGCUAAGACUAAUGCAGCUGUAGGAAUUGCCAGAGCAUUUAGCUUCAUCUCAUCUGAGAAGGACUCGCGAGAGGCAUUUGAUUGGCUUCUUAAGUUGUAUGAUAAUUUGGCGGAAGGCGAUGUGCCGACUGCGGACAAGGUGUUAACUUCAUUUACAUCAUUAUUUGGCAAAGAUGAUGCUGAAGAAGUGUUCGGAGAAGGUUCUGAUUACGACGAAAAUCGAAAGUCCUCUCAACGUUUCUUUGACAAGACAGGAUUCCAUCAGUUGCCUCAAGUUAUCCUUAAUGGUGUGCCCAUCGACAGCGAAGAGUUUGAAAAUCUCGAUGAAGCAGUUGUGCGGGAGGUGAUGGUUCAAACAGGCCCCAUACAACAUGCAGUGUUUUCGGGUUCUGUUUAUCGCUACUCCAGUGUGUAUGAAUAUGUCAUGAGUCAACCAAACGUGGUAUCUCGAGUUAAUAGCAUGGUUCAGUCCAUGGAGAGGCCUUAUGUUGACUUGACUGGUGGUCAGUUAAGUACAGAUGAGGAUAUUAAUAAUCCUGAAGCGUUUGCUAAGCUUGAUAGUUCGCAGAUGGCUUCCGUUGUUGCCAAGGAAUUGAAGUACUUCACCAAACAAGGAGAAGAGCUAAGUUUAAAACCUGUGACUAACUGGGUUAUUGCUGACUUGGCCAGCAAAGAAGGAAGAGUGUUGGUCAGAGCAGCCCUCCAACAAGUGAAAUCAUCUUCAAGUGCAAGGGUGGGGCUCAUUCACAAUCCAGCUAUAAAACAUACGGAUGAUCGCCCAGAAUCACUUCAGAUCGCCAGAACAGUGGAGGCUGUAUUGUCUUCAAAGAGUCACGUUACGCCAGCAAUGUUAAAAUUCAUGGAGAAUUUGCUGGAUGAGAGCAACGACUUUGAUAAACUGUCUUCAGACGCCAAAGCAAUGGCAGACCUUUUGGCGAAAACACCGGGUUUGAAAUUAGAAGCUAUACAAGCAAAGUUAUCAGACGGGGGAACCUUCAAAGGCAAGCUGUUCUCACACCAGCAUUUCUGCACAGGUGUUGUUAACCUACUUCCCGGUCAACCUGCUGUUAUAACCAACGGAAGAGUUCUUGGUCCACUUGCUGGAAACACGUUGUUCACAGAGGAUGACUUUAAACUUCUUGAGAACUUUGACAUGGAUUUGUAUGCUCGCAAAGUUAGAGACCAGAUUGAUGAAAUGACAUUUGAUGGUUUGUCUGCGGAUGAUGAUACAAGUGAAUUUAGAAGUGACAUCAUCAUGAAGGUAUCCUCUGCGCUGAUCUGUCGAGAUAAGAGAUCUCGUCAGCAAAUUACUAUAAAAGCCAGUGAACACAGUGUCAUGAAAAUUGAGCCGAAGCAAGACGGAGCCAGUUUUGAUGUGGUGGUAGUUUUGGAUCCUCUGUCUCAAGCUGCUCAGAAAAUUGCACCGAUACUGAUGGUCCUUCAAAAUGCUACAAACGUUAACAUCAAGCUUGCCAUGAACUCUCGUGAGAAGCUCUCCGAGUUGCCUCUUAAUCGUUUCUACCGAUAUGUAUUAGAGCCCGAAGUCACAUUUAAUGAGGACGGCACCAUCACAGAGGGGCCAGCGGCGGUGUUCUCUGAUAUGCCACAGUCAGUUCUUCUUACCAUGAAUAUGGAUACACCUCUGGGGUGGAUGGUAGAGGCAGUGUACUCUCCUUACGAUUUGGACAACAUAAAAUUACAGGAGGUAGAGAACCAAGUACAAGCAAAGUUUGACUUGGAAUAUAUCUUUAUUGAAGGACACUGCUCCGACUUUCACACUAGACAGCCCCCCAGAGGACUGCAAUUUACCCUCGGUACUCCGAGAGACCCUGCUAUGUUUGACACGAUUGUCAUGGCAAAUUUGGGUUACUUUCAGCUCAAGGCUUAUCCUGGCGCCUGGUCUCUACGGGUUCGAGAGGGAAGAUCAGCUGAAAUUUACGAGAUAGAAAGUGUUUCUGGAAGCACAAAGGAAGACGACGGCCAUUUUACUGUCGUCAUUGACAGCUUUAUUGGAAAACUGCUCAAAGUAAAGGUCAAGAGAAAACCAGGCAUGGAAGGGAAAGAUCUGCUCAGUGAUUCUGACAGCGCGUCGUCGGGUGGUAUCUGGGACUCUUUAUCAAGCAUGGUUGGCAGUGAAACUAAAGGAGACGUCCCCAAAGAUGAAACCAUCAACGUUUUCUCCGUGGCGUCCGGUCAUCUCUACGAACGUUUUCUGAGAAUCAUGAUGUUGACUGUUAUGAAGAAUACCAAAAAUCCGGUGAAGUUUUGGUUCUUGAAGAACUUCCUGUCCCCAACUAUGACGGCGUUUCUACCUCACAUGGCCGAAGAAUAUGGCUUUGAGUAUGAACUUGUUCAAUAUCACUGGCCUCACUGGCUUCACGCACAAACGGAGAAGCAGAGGGUCAUCUGGGGAUACAAAAUCCUAUUUCUGGAUGUACUAUUUCCGCUCCACGUGAAGAAAAUUAUCUUCGUAGAUGCAGAUUUAAUAGUAAGAGCUGACUUAAAAGAGCUGAAUGAAAUGAACUUACAUGGAGCACCCUAUGCAUACACGCCUUUCUGUAGCAGCCGCAAAGAGAUGGAUGGCUUUAGGUUUUGGAAUGUUGGUUACUGGAGAAGUCACUUGGGUGGAAAGCCGUAUCACAUUAGUGCGUUGUACGUCGUAGACUUGGAUCGAUUCAGGCGACUGGCCGCCGGUGACAGGCUAAGAGGACAGUAUCAGGGCUUGAGUCAAGAUCCCAACAGUCUUUCCAACCUCGAUCAGGACUUACCUAAUAACAUGAUCCAUCAAGUUCCCAUCAGAUCCCUCCCUCAGGAGUGGCUGUGGUGUGAGACGUGGUGUGAUG